AUGCCCAUCUACAACUCUUCGGGGAUUGCCGGUGCCCGGAUGCACCGCAGCCACGUGGCAUGCCUGCCUUUCUACUCCAGCUGGAGCCCACCCUCGUGUCCACCUGACCUGGAGCUUCCCCGUUCUGAGUUUGCUCGAGUGGGAGGUGACAAGGUGCCAAACACAAGGAAGGUGAAUGCCAUCGUCAACGCAGCCCUGGACGCUUCCACGAGUGGAUUUGGCCCCGCCACCUCGACAGCCCCUCGAGGUCCACAGGGCUACCAGCCGGGCCCCGACUUCACGAAGACGGAGCGCAACGGUUGGCCGUAUUUUGAGCGCGAGACGGCCGAGCCCUUCCAUGGCUUCCACGGAAGCCCAUUCGGUUUGACACCGAGGAGGCGGCAGAAGCAAACGCUGAAUCCGGUUGCCAGCUUUGGCAAAACCAAUCUUUAG